GAAGCUUUGUGCUGGAGAAAGUGGAAUGAUUUAGCUUUUUAUGAAGGAUUGAGAGAAACUCCAUCUUACUAUUACUCAAUACAUACUCACUCACUCUCUCUCUCUCUCUCUCUCUCUCUCUCUCUCUCUGUCUCUCUCUCUCACUCACCGCGUGGUGGAACAGAAGAAGGCGGGCAGUCCAGGAGGGAGACUAAUCACCGGCUCUCAUAAGGAGGGGGCCAGUGGAGAGUGGAGCGGCUGUAUGCCUGACCACACAGCUGCUCUUUGUCCUUUUUCGCUCUCUUUCUUUUACUCUCGCACUCUGCUUCCUACUCUCCGUCUCCGAAAACUCUCGACAUCAUGGAGCCCAACAGUCCUAAGAAGAUCCAGUUUGCCGUCCCGCUCUUUCAGAGCCAUUUGGACCCUCAGGCAGCAGAACAUAUACGCAAACGAAGGCCCACUCCAGCCACUCUCGUCAUCUAUAACGACCCCAAUGCAUCAGACUCAACUGUCUCCGGCCCAGAGGAAGACCAGUGUGUACACACCACCCACCAUGAGAGAACUGCAGUUGGUGGUGGAGCAGCACUUUCAGAGACACGAGCAGAUGGAGGCGGGGCUCUCUGACAGCCCAGACACGCCCAGUCCAAUCGCAGCACAGCAGCCCAAUGGUGCCGAAGCCCAGUGGGCCAGUCACAGCUCCUCAGAGUCUUAUGUCAGUUGUGAUGGACAGGCAGGGAGCAGUGAGGAGGGGGGAGAGACAUCAGAGACGUCAGCGUGCCGACAGAAAAGUGCGUCCAGUCCUUCGUCUGUCUCGCGAUAACCUUAUCCGUCAUCCCGAUGGCCCGAGCUGUGUAUCUUCUUCCUUGUAGCUGUUGUAUACAAUCCUUCAGAAAUUCUUUCUACACCUAUCUUUCUGUAUACUUGCUAUACUUACACUCUACUUUUACCAAUAUUCAUGUUGAUUACCUCGACAAAGGUUCUCUGUCUUUUCUCGAUAUGCUUGUUCUCGAUUCAGCCUUGCACAGAACAUGAUCAUGAUGUACGUAUGAUUUCGCAUAGUCACGUAAUAAUCCCAGUGUAUCAGUGGAUCAGUAUGAAAAGCUCGCACAACAAUAAAACACCAUGGGUCACUGCAUCUGCUUGCAAAUUCAUAAACAUAUUACGGCUCUUUCAGGGAAAAUUUCAGGCAUUUCUGUCACAUCUUCUCCGAAUUCACAUUUCAGUCAUCCACAUUGUGCAGAGUGACUCAUGUCCCUGUAUCACUGUAUCAACAAAGAGCAUGAAGAACAUUUGCUCAGCCAAUCACAAACAAGCUUACAAAUCUGUCUAUUGGUUUUAAUUAUAUAAUAAGUAAAUACACAAGGAAUAAAACACAACACAGGGGCAUGCUGUUAUACGAAAAUAAUCAAUGAUAGGAAGUCACUGUUUUCCAAUAACAGCACAUUAGAAGUGUUUUAUUUCUUGUGUGCAGCCAGGCCAAACGUGUAAAAAGGUGGCAGUGUCAUAUUUACUUUUUUAAUAUACGUUAUAGCAGCUAUAAAUAGUCUUUUUCUUCAUUUGCAUAACAAACUUGGGUGAGUCUCAAUCAGCUCCCUAGUCCACUACUCAGGAUCAGGGAAUUGGCCAUAUUAAGGGCUCUCUCUCUCUCUCUCUCUCUCUCUCUCUGUCUCUCUCUCUGUCUCUCUCUCUCACAAUCACAAAAUCCUUUCAGUGCACAGUUUGUUCCCUAAUAAUUCCACUAUCCCACAAAAACAAGGGAUCAUCAAUGCGCACUAUGUUCCCUUACUGGAAAUGAUGAGCUCAUAUUUUCAGCUCUCAGCUCAAAAAACACAGGGCGGAUAACCUCUGAGUCAACUUCUACCAAUGAAAGUUGCUUGUUAUCAUUGUUGUAGUGCUCGAAUAAUUACUUUUUAUUUAAGUCUAAUUAUUUAAGUCUAAUCACUAUAUUCUUUAGUGAUUUGACAAAAUCGCCUAGCGAGUCUACGAUCCUCUUUCAAAUUAUUUUCGUCACAGAAAUGAUUUUUCAUUAUUUUCAGAUCACGUAGUUUAUGUAUCACCGGAAUUUGAGUCAUCAUUGUGUAGUGAGAGUCUUUACCAGUGCCCCAACUUGUGUACAGGAUAUACUGAUUCAUCACUUAGCGAACUUGAGAGCUGAUUUGAGACACACCCAUUCUCUUCUGUUAAUGCUUGGGAGGCUAAUUACCCCGAGUUUAAGUGCUUGCUAGGAACUUACAAACUGAGUACCUGCAAUUUCACAGCACAUUACAGUCUGUUAGAGAUGCCCUUUGUUGAAUUUGUUAGGUUUUAAUGUUGAAUAAAAACAUAUUUUUAACUGUGGAUUGUUCACAUACAUGUCCUUGUGAAUUAGUUUGCCCAGCUUAUAUACUGUAACAUUAUAAACAAAUGUUAGCAAAGCUAAGCUGAUGUGAUGUUUUUCUGUAGCUGGCUUGCUAUUCUAACUGUUGCUAAUGUUGUGUAAUUAAAACCAGUAGCUGAAAAAUUCAUCUUAAGCAUUAGACAUAUAACCUCAGACAGGAUACUUAUUUUUGCACCCCUGAUCAAUUUUUUUUUCAUGGUUUAGAUAAAAAAACAAAUAUUGGCAUAUUUUCUGGCAGAUGAGUAGAAAUGUUUUUGUGCAGAGUUCUGACUUUAUUAUGAUUUAUUUAUGUACCAGGGUUCGGAAAACUGGAAUGAAUUAAAUAAAGGUGAUUUUUUUUAAGCUUGAAAUGGAAGAUGUUUGGUUUGGUGUGUUUACAGUCUUCUUCUGGAGUCUAGAGUUACAGUGGAACCUCGGCAUAUGAAUGCCCUACUUUACGUAUUUUUGCCUUAGGAAUUGAAAUUUUGCAAGAAAUUUGCAAUGGCAUACAAAGCAUUUUUGGCAUACAAACGAACCGAACCGAACCGAACGCUGGCUAAGUUGCGUGUACGUCGGGGAGCCAUUCAAAACUGGUUAGGGUCAGUGGAACGCCAAGCGAAGCCAACCAAAGCAAGUUUGCAAUUUUUUUUUUCAGUCUGCGAAAGCUGUUAGGAAAGAAUCAACCCACGAUACCAAUGUUGCAUUCAAGAGCUAGGUGAUUUUUCAGGCGUUUUUUUGUUGACAGAUUGGUGGCGUGGGUGAUCUGUUCUAUUUUUAGCCCAAGCUUGGUGGCACGACUUCCUGUGAGGACCCUUGACAUGGAAUGAUUGGCUUGGGUCAGUUCUUUGUAAGCAGCCAUACAGUUUACAUACACUUCGUACUGGUAACACUGGUCAUAUUUUUGGGCGUCUGGAACGGAUUAUUUGCAUUUACACUACUUCUUAUGGGAAAAUUUGUUUUGCAAUACGAAUGUUUGCCUUAAGAACUCGACUCCAGAACAAAUUUAAUUCAUAUGCUGAGGUUCCACUGUAUAUUGUUGUAAGUGAUAGACAAACACAUUUGAAUAUUUUUUGUGUAUUGGAAUUCACAUAUAUCAGGCUCAGAUAUUAAAGACAGUAAGUAUAAACACAGUGAUGAUGAUGAUGAUGAUCACACACUAGACGGAAGCUCACUCGACACCUUGAUGCUUUUGGGAGUUCAGGACCAGAAAGGUUCAUGUAGAUUGGUGGAAGGUUCUGGAAGGUUAUUCCAGAGGUUCUGAAUUGGCCUCGCUGGGCCAGAUGGUGGUGUGUUCAGGUUUCACACUGUUUGUGUGCACUC